AUGUCCUUGUCCCAAAUUCCGUGGAUUCAUCAUGUGUCACAGUUCGCCCAAUCUGGGAUACCACAGGCCAUUGUGCUUUUCCUGUCACUUAUGCAACUCAUCUACCACUUAGAUCGAAUUCGUCGGCAGGAGUCUAGUUGCCGAUUCAAAGCUGCCAAAAUACGGUGGCCGUAUGAGCUUGCCUCACAAAUCGCAAGACUUGCUGCUGUUGUAUAUAUUACAUUUGCUUAUGUCCAAGAUCGACUACAUUGUAUCAACAUUGUAUCUGUUGCAUAUACCUUCGCUGUCGGUCUCGCUCGCCUCUUCAACCAUCUUGAGUGGCGUCAUGUAGCACUGCAUCAAAUCAACUUUGUGCUUCCAGCUACUCUGACCAUUCUCAUUGCAGGGCACACGUUGCCCUGUAUCCAGACUGGCACAAAAUGCCUUCACGACGCCAGCACUUCUGGUGGGAUAAUCGCUCUUGCAGCAGCAUCUGUCACUGCAUUCAUUACCCCUAGAGAAUGGACUCCAAUGCAAGUUGACCUCAACAUCCCUGGUUACGACCAGAAUGAGCCGGCUCCCGAGGAGGCUUGCAGUUGGUUCACUUACUACUGUACCUAUGACUGGCUGACCCCAAUCAUCUGGAAGGGUGUGAAGCGGCAACUUGGUAUGGCUGAUAUUCCAAAGUUAGCUUGGUAUGACGAACCUAUAUACCUCUUACGUCGUGUACAAGAAGCUCGUUCAAUCUCGAAAAAAACACUCCGUACUGUUCUUAGAUUCCAGAAACGCGAGUUGCUUCUCAUGUCGUUUUGGGUUGCCACCUCAUACACGGUGGAGAAUAUAGCUGCAUUCGCCAUGUUCAAAUUACUCGAAUAUCUUGCUAACCCUAGCGGUGCCAUCUAUAAACCAUGGCUUUGGUUAUUCCUUAUGUUCAUCGGCCCACUAUUCCGCUCCGUUGCCUUCCAGCAGUACAUCUUUACAUCUACCAGACUCGUGGUUCGUAUCAAAUCUGCAUUCACUCAAGAGCUGUACUGCACUGCCCUAGACUCGAUGGAGAUGGAAGAGGACCCUUUUGAACUACAGUCCGGUGGCGCGAAACCCAAGAGCAGGAGCGGCCAGACCACUGCCAAGACCACAUCAGCAGGACGUUUGGCUAACCUCAUGGCUUCCGAUAUAGACGCCAUCUAUAGAUCAAGAGACAUCAUUCAGGCCACCAUUGGCACCCCCGUCGGAACCAUAAUAUCGCUCAUUGGAAUGUACAGAAUGAUGGGCUGGGCAUCUCUGGUAGGAAAUGCGAUUCUAUUUUUGGCCACGCCUCUUUCGAUAUGGCUUGGGCGCUUGAUGUUCUACUCACAGCGCCGAGUCAGGAAAGCCCAGGAUUCCCGCAUGUCCUUAGUGACGGAGUAUCUUGCAUCCCUUCGCGCCAUCAAGUACUUCGCCUGGGAGGACCCUAUCACUGAAAAAAUCAUCGAUGCGCGUUCUGCAGAACAAAGGGAGCUUUGGAGGACCUCUAUGAUUCAAGCUUCAUUGAACCAAGUUAUGCAGAUUGUUCCUUACUUAUCCUUACUUGUCAUGUUUGGUUUGCACGUUGGACUCUCCAAGCGUCGACUGGAUGCCGCUACGGCUUUCACAACCAUAUUUCUUGUCAAGAAUGUUCGCAGAAAUAUCAUGCAGGCUAGUGCCUUUGGUAGGAAUUUCGCGAGCGCGCUGGUGUCGGUGACCCGACUCGACAAGUACUUUGAGAGUACAGUUCCUAUUCCUCAUUACCCUGUUGGACCCCUUCACAUUGAUCAUGCCUCGUUCCGGAAGACGAAGACAGCCAGUUUCACUCUGAACAAUAUAACACUUGGUUUUGCCCAAGGGGGUCUUAACGUCAUUAGCGGCCCAAGUGGCAGCGGCAAAACAACGCUGUUGCUGUCUAUUCUUGGUGAGACCUAUCUGGAGAGUGGAACUGUGACCAGACCAGAUGACAUAGCGUACGCUUCUCAAUCUGCAUGGUUACAGAACGAGACUAUACAGGCCAACGUUCUAUUUGGUAGUCCAAUGGAGAAGCUGCGCUACGAUCGUGUCAUCGAAGCAUGUUGCCUAUGGCAGGAUUUUAAGGAUCUACCGGCUAAGGACAUGACCAUCGUGGGCGAGAACGGAACUUCUCUUUCAGGUGGUCAAAAAGCACGAGUUGCCCUUGCAAGGGCAUUGUACUCCAAAGCACCACUUCUGUUACUCGAUGAUAUCUUUGCUGCUCUUGACGCCAAAACAGCUGCUGGAGUUUGGAAACACUGCUUCUGCUCUGACCUUCUGAGUGGCAGGACAACUGUACUUGUGGCAAAUCUUCCCUGGAUUGCAGAGCAAGCAGAUCUCUCUGUUGUAUUGGGGAAGGGUCAAAUCGAGUCAGCAGAGCCCCAAAUUGGUAUUGUUCGUAAACCAAUCGCUAUCGCUCAAGUCCUCGGAGGAGAUGCUGAGGACGAUGACGCACUAUAUGAUACAGUUCAGGAGAUACAAUCUAACGGUGAUACUUUGAACGAUGCUAACCGAACCUCUGAAGAAAAACACCUGAAGGAUGUGGUCAACCAAGAAAUGAAGGCUUCUGGAAAGGUCGGCCGCAUGACUUUUUUGCAAUACAUGAGCUACUUCGGACAUCCGGCCUUUGUUGCCGUCUGCCUGGGACUUUUGCUUGCCACGAACAUCUUUACCUUUAGCAGUCUUUUGUGGCUCUCUGUCUGGGUAGAAGCAUACAAUCACCAGGCUCACAUCGAUAUUCCUUAUUAUAUGGGGAUCUUUGCAGGCCUUACGUUCCUUGAAAUUGGUAGCUACUGUUUGGCCAUCAUAAUGUUUGAAUGGGGAGCUUGGAACGCUGCAAAGAGAUUACACAAUGAUUUCAUACAUGCCAUCAUGCACGUCUCGCUUUCAUGGUUCAAGCAUAUCCCCAUUGGCCGCAUCACAAACCGCUUCUCCAGUGACAUGGCCUCAAUCGAUGGUACCAUCAGUACCAUGCUACGAAUCAUGCUUGAUACGGUCCUUCUCAUGCUCUUUCGCAUUGGAGCUGUCAGCAGCAUAAUGCCGGUUUUUAUGAUACCAGCACUGUUCACAUGCUUGUUUGGUGUUCUCAUUGGAGAAGCAUAUACUAGAACGGCAGUUGUAAUCAAGCGGCUAACGUCUUCUGCUCAGUCGCCUGUGUUCUCCCAGUUUGCAGAUACAUUGGCAGGUCUUCCUGUUAUUCGUGCCAGGAGUGCUUCAGCCGAAGCCAGCUUCAACGCUAACCGUUGGGUUGCUGUACGCGUGGAUCUUGUGACAGCCCUCGUCAGUCUGUCGGCGGGCAUCAUUGCCGUAUCACAGACCGGUGUCGUGGCUGCAGGGCUGGUCGGUUUCUCCCUCACCAAUGCCAAUGGGCUCAGCCAGACGAUCCUGUUACUCGUUCGAGCGAUGAAUGAUUUGGAAGUUGAAAUGCAGAGCUUUCACCGAGUUAAGGAAUAUGUCAAGUUGGAACCUGAGGAAAAGGAUGACACAACCUAUCCCGAGGAAGGCGAAUAUACAGAUGAUCCCUCUCACGUAAUUCCCGAGAACUGGCCUCGAUCUGGCGAGAUCGAGUUUCGAAACGUUACAAUCCGGUACGAUCCUGAUGGACCCGACAUUCUCACCAGUGUGAACCUCAAGUUCAAAGCGGGUGAACGCGUGGCUGUCAUAGGAAGGACGGGUUCAGGGAAAAGCACUCUGGUGCUUUCGCUCCUUCGCUUCACACAUGUUGUCUCUGGUGAAAUUCUAUACGACGGAAUUGACAUUACCAAAAUUCCUCGACACCGCCUCCGAGAAAGCCUUACAAUCAUACCACAAGAGGCUGUCCUGUUUAAUGGGACAGUCGAGUCCAAUCUUGAUCCUGGCGGUCGAGUUCCCAAAGACAUUCUCGAUAAGGCCCUUGACAACUGCAAAGGCAUCGCAUCCUUCUCCCCUCAUACUUCUGAUGAUAGCGAUAAUGAUUCGCCCGAUUACGAGCACAAUAGUGUGAAUCUUACCACAUGUGUCGACGCUCGCGGUGAGAACUUCUCUCAUGGUCAACGGCAAGUUCUUUCACUCUGUCGUGCGCUGAUUCGCCAAAGCAAGCUGAUGCUGCUUGACGAAGCCACGGCAAGCAUGGACUAUGAUACAGACCGAGGUAUUCAAAACGUCCUGCGGCGGGAACUUGAAGCGGCCGGAGGAGGGCGGACUUUGGUAACAAUCGCGCAUCGUUUACGUACAAUCAUCGAUUAUGAUACAGUCGUGGUCAUGGGUGCGGGGCGUGUUCUUGAAUAUGGCUCACCUCGCGAUUUGUACAACAGUAGAGGCCAGUUCUACGACAUGGUCUACCAUAGCGGUGAAAUGGAGGACCUACAGACUUUACUAGAAACAGGGACUUUCCAACAGGGCAUUUAA